AUGGCUGCACGGCUGAUCUACAGAGAGAUACGAAGGACCGGUGGCUGGCUUUUCCCUUGCUCUAACUCUAUGGCCAGAGUCUGCUCCAGAGGGGCUGGAAGCCUGUCCUCUGCCUCCCAGGACAAACCUCGGACAGUGGAGGACCUCCCACAGACCAGCUUAUUGGAGCUACUUUACAGUUUGGUGUUUCAUGGUUUCUUCAACCGUUGGCAUGAGCUACAGAUCUAUCAUAAGCAGCGAUAUGGGCCCAUAUACAGAAACGCAGAAAAGAGUGUGUGCGUGAACACUCCAAAGCUACUGGAAGAAGUCCUGAGGAACGAUGAGAAGUUCCCUUCUCGAGGAGAACUCGCCCCGUGGAAAGAGUAUCGUGAAAUGGGAGGCUUCGGCUAUGGGCCUUUCACAGAGGAGGGGGAGAGGUGGUACAACCUGAGGGUGGUUCUGAACAAGCGCAUGCUUCAUCCAAAGGACUCUGCCUGCUUUGAUGGUGUUCUCAAUGAUGUGGUUACAGACUUCAUCAAGAGGAUCUACUACCUGCGCCAGAGCAGCCCUACAGGAGAUUUGGUGACCGAUGUGGCCAAUGAGUUCUAUUUUUUCUCACUAGAAGGUAUUUCCUCCAUACUGUUUGAGACGAGGCUUGGCUGUCUGGAGAAGGAAAUCCCUGCAGGCACACAAGACUUCAUCGACUCCAUAGCUCAGAUGUUCUCCAACAACAUGGCUGCGUUUAUGAUGCCCAAGUGGAGCCGCCCCCUGCUGCCCUACUGGGGGCGCUACAUUGCAGGCUGGGAGGGCAUCUUCAGCUUCGGUAAACAGUUGAUCGACAAGAAGCUGGAGCUUAUUCAGCAGCGUGUGGAAAGCAACCAGGAGGUGCAGGGCGAAUACCUAACAUACCUCCUCUCCAACACUCAGAUGGGUCUUGGAGAUGUGUACGGCAGCGUCACUGAGCUUCUUUUAGCUGGAGUAGAUACGACCUCCAACACACUCACAUGGACUCUGCACCUGCUUUCCAAGAACCCUGAAACCCAGGCCAGACUUUAUGAAGAGGUGUCCACGUUGGGGCCAGCAGACCGGAUCCCCUCGGCCACAGAAGUCACUCGGAUGCCGUAUUUAAGGGCUGUUAUCAAGGAAUCACUGAGGAUGUACCCUGUGGUUCCUGUGAACGCAAGGAUCAUGCUGGAAAGAAGCGUUUCUAUUGGAGGAUAUCAACUUCCAAAGAAUACCUCUUUCACGCUUUGUCUCUACGCCAUAAGUCACGAUGAGGACACAUUCUCCGAGCCGUUCACCUUUAGGCCAGAGAGGUGGCUCCGGGACGGUCGUGAGAGGCCCAACGCCUUCGCCUCCAUCCCCUUCGGCUUCGGAGUGAGAGGCUGUGUCGGGCGGCGGAUUGCUGAGCUGGAGAUGUAUCUGCUGCUGUUUCGGGUUAUCCGGCAGUUUGAAGUCAGACCAGACCCAACGAUGGACGAGUUGAAAAGCAUCCACCGUACUGUUCUGGUGCCAGACAAACCACUGAGCCUGUACUUUGUGGACAGAAGACGUGAAAAUACAACUUGAUUUUUAUCUACAGGAGAUUUGUUUAAAUGCAAACUGUGAAUUCAUGGUUUGAUCAUUUUCUACAACACUUUCCCAAAGAUGUGAUGGUGAAAUCAACUCCAGCCUCGUUGCUAUUCAUUUCAUAGCAAAUUCAAUUUACUAAAUGUCUCCCCACAUGGUUUAACUUAGUGCAGCACAAUGAAGCCUUGUAUCUUUGGUAUGCAUCGCUAAAACGUACAUUGUUGCGCUUAUAUAAAGAUAUUGUGGGCUCACAGGGCAUCCCUGACCAUUCCUAGACUCAGACAUUGGUACUAAUUUAUGUAUAAAGUCAUUCUUGGUGAAUCAUUCUGAUGCUUUUAAUGUAUAUCUCUAUGUUAACUUGUUAUAUUUUUGUUUUGCCUGUAACUUUUUUUUAUGCUGCUGUCUUGCACAAUAUGCACACAAUCUGUUCUUCUCUCUGUAUGUAAGAACAAAUUAAUGGAUUCUUCUUUUAACAAAAGACAAAUUUGUGAAACUAUGCAACAACUCCUCUAACAUAGAUGGGAUGCAUCAGUUAAAAGAGGUCUCAGAGGUGAAAUAAGACAAAGACAAAUAUU